AUGUCAGCCAAUGACACUUUGACUGGCCGAGCUCAACUCACCUUUCUUGCGUUGAAAGGAAGCGAAUUACCAAGUCAGAUUAGAGGACAUUAUGUCGCGAACAGUACUCAGAAAUGUUUUGGAAUUGCUGGUCAAUUGCUCGAAGACGAACCAUACCGAUACCCCGAAAGCUGUUGUCUAGAACCAACCGCUAAAUAUCGACUCACGCUAUUAGACUACGAAUCGAAAGAGUACUAUGAUAUUCCAAAGGUCACGAAGCCUAUCGAGAGCGAUGCAGCUGUUCUACAAACGGAAGAUAAUGCCACUACGGACGACAAUAGCACGCGUCUACAUUUCGAAACCGAUCGAUUUCUUGUCGAUAAUGCUGCUUGGCAACAUUGCGAGCGCUAUCUUCAUCAGUUUUACCUUGAACUCGUUAAAAACUCCAAUGCUGACGGAAAGGAUGAUAUACACGAACAUCUGUCCGAGGAAUACGAUGUCACUGUCUGCUUAGGAACCAUGACCAUUGCCCUAGGUUCACCAAGAUGA